AUGAAGAGCGUGGGGGGCAGCCACCCAGCAAGGGGACCAUCGAGCGGAGAUCGGAACGGAGGAUCCUCGGUGACAUCAAAAAUCAAACUCCCAAAAUUGAAACUAAUCCAAUUCAACGGGCACCUAAAAGACUGGCAACCCUUCUGGCAGCAAUUCGAUACCGCCAUUCAUCAAAAUCCGGAACUCACGCCGUCAGAAAAGUUCAACUAUCUGCGAUCAGCGCUGACCGGCGAUGGAGCAGCCGCCAUCGGUGGAUUGCAGCCGACCGCUGAGUGUUACGCGGACGCCAUCGAGCUCCUGCAGCAGCGGUUCGGGAAGCAAGAGACGCUUAUCCAGGACCACAUGGAAGGUCUCAUGGACAUACAGCCAGUGCCACCACAACGGAACACCCGAGCCCUACGGCGUUUAUACGACACUCUACAGGCGCACAUCAGAGGCCUUAGAGCGUUAGGGGUGGGCGAAGAGGCGUAUGGAGCUAUGCUAUACACAGUUCUUUUGCGAGUGCUACCGAGAGAUAUCACUCUCGAUUUCAACCGGAAGAUGUCGGCGGAGGAGACCGGGAAUGCCAACGCCGCAAGGGCAUCAAUGACAGACGCCAGUUUGGAAUCCGCCCCACAGCAAGUACACCUGAGGGCUCUGCGGUUUCUCCUCGACUUUCUACGCAUCGAGGUGGAGAGCCGCGAAAGGACAUCAAAACACCAGCUGGAAGACGCCGUCGGUAAGCCCAGACCUUCUUCUCUGACGCAUGGCUCUGUGAAGAGGUCAACGAUCAACGCUCAGACUCGCAGUUCCACCGCGGCGGCAUUGCACGGCAGUGUGGACGUCUUAGAGUGCUUCCUUUGCAAGUCAAAAGCGCACGGAACACCGGAAUGUAACGCAAGAAUCGGGCUAGCGGAGAAGAAGCGUAGGUUGCAAGCAGACCGGAGGUGCUUCCGCUGCACGAAGGCCAAUCACAUGGCAAGAUUAUGUCGAGGAGCACCCAGCUGUGGCAAAUGUCAAGGCAGACACGCGUCCACCAUGUGCGACCCGAAUUACGCGCCGGGAAAAACGUCAACCAGAUCGAAUGAGACGGAACCGAAGGAACCGGCACCGGUCGCUAUGCAUGUACGUGGUAGGAACAGCAAGCCGGCAGUGCUCCUACAAACGGUUACUGCGUGGGCAGAGGGUACAAACAGAAGGAAGCUUGCCCGUAUUAUCUUCGACAGCGGCAGUCAGCGCUCCUUCAUAACUGAAGAACUGUCUCAGCGACUGGACUGCAAAUUGCUCGGGACUGAGAUCCUCACAAUAGGCGUGUUCGGGGGCGAAAGCACUGAACAUACGUUUCGCAGGGUUCAAGUAACUUUGCGAGACCAACACUACAACAAAGAAUAUGACAUCGACGCUCUUGAGACACCUACCAUAUGUGAGCAGGACCUUCCGAGCCCAGAUGAAGCCAUCGUGGCAACAUUGGAGGAACUUGGCUGUCCCGUGGGAGACAACAUGACCGGACUGGAACAACGCGGCGUCGACAUACUGCUGGGAUCAGACCACUACUGGGGGUGCAUCACAGGACGAAUUCACCGACUGAGUGGACGCCUGACUGCAGUAGAGACUGUAUUCGGAUGGGCGGUUCAAGGACGAACGAUGUCAACCUCCGCGGUUAUUAGUUGUUCCCAGGUGGUCGUGCUGAGAACGGCGGUGCAAGAGCCCCAAACCUUGCCAAGCUUUAAGCAAUCCUGGGAACUUGAGAACAUGGGUGUCAUCGAUGCAUCGGUGGAGGAUCCUUCGGACAACGACGUCUCGCGAGACUCCGAAACCAAGAUUGCCAAGACCAAAAGGACAUACGAAGUCGGCCUUCCAUGGAAGGUAGACUUCAGGUUGGCAGACAACAAGGUUCCUCGAAUGCUAAAGAAGAACUGUGAAAGCGCGACGUGGAACCACUUGCCUGGAAAGAAGAACCCCGUCGGCCUCUUGUCACGAGGUCUUACCGCAUCUGGACUGGUCUCCGCUCCCCUCUGUUGUGCGGGGACCAGUUGGUUGCCACUGCCAGCUGAAGAACGGCCCAAGGAGAAGCGCGAGGAGCCACGUCGAGAUAAGCUCGAGGAGAGAGGAUCGAGAGCAGAAGUUUUUGAAGUCACACUCUGCUUCAAGGAUCAACAGAACAACGGCUUGGAUUUUUCGAUUUCUCCACAACGUCAGGUCAACUGA